UGAAGCAUAAUAAGCAUCUCAGAAAAUUAAAAGAGAGUUGCAUUGCACAAGUGAGAUACAUUAUUAACUCAUUGUCAUUUGUUACACAACGUAACUUUCUUCGUUAACAUGGGGAUAAGCUUAAGGUCACGUACGCUAGAAAUCAGAGUGAUAUCGGGUGAAAACAUUAGCGUAACGGAGGCCGCAUACGUCGUCGUUCGGGCCGAGUCCUUAAACAGCUGCACAACCACAACAGCCAAAUACGAUGGAACCAAUUUGCUUGCGUGGAACCACAAGCUCUUGCUGCACGUGCCCGCGCAUGCAACCUCCAUCACCUUCGAAGUUCAGUGCAACAAAUUCAAAGCUUCGAGACCACUUGGGGUCGCCAGAAUCGCGCUUUCGGAUUUCCUCUCUGACAACGUCUCGGAAAAUCAGUUGCAAAUGUUGAGUUACGGGCUGAGGAACUGGGAGGGGAAGCAAAACGGCGUCAUCCAUUUCGCCGUGAGAGUGGCUCCCCCGCCGGAGGAAUGUCCAAACUCCGCCGUGGAACCGGUGAAGGGAACGGUGGCCAGAAGGGGUUGCGGUGACCGCUUCGUACGAAUCAUCAAUGUCGGUGAUAACGUUGUUGUUGGUGUCCCGUAUUCGAGGAACUACCCCAACAUUAUUUAAUUAUGACAAAUUUUUUUUUAUUGAAUAUUACUACUACUAUUUAUUUUGUUUUGUAUACCGGUCAAACACCGUGGAAGGGCAAAUUUAAUUCAAUUUUAUACCAUGUGUGUAAGGUUCAUACAAUUUGGUAUUUUAGUGUAAUGAAUUACAUAUAGAAAUAAUAUAUAUGGAUUAUUUCUUCUUUCUACA